AUGGCCAAUCGCCUGGCUCAGCUGGCCGACCACUUCGCGCACCCAAGGCGCCUCUUCGAGGGACAGGUUGCCAUUGUGACGGGUGGCGGACAGGGCGUCGGCGCCGAGACGGCGCGGUUGCUUGCCAGCAAAGGUGCGAGGGUUGUCGUCGCCGACAUGGAUGCCGAGGAAUGCCGGGCCGUGGCCGACAAGAUCCAGUCGUCCGGCGGGCAAGCCAUCGGCGUCUCCGGCGACAUGACCUCGUCCGCCUACAUCGCGGAGCUCGUCUCGUCGGCGUCGCACUUUGGCCACGGCAAGAUUCACAUCAUCGUCAACACCGCCGGGUUCGGGUGGGACGGUGCCGUGCACAGGAUGCCAGAGGCGCAGUGGGAGACGCUCAUCGCGCUGCACUGCACAGCGCCCUUUCGCCUCGCGCGGGCGGCGGCGGCCUACUUUUGCGUGCACGACGGCGAGGCCCGCCGCAUCAUCAACGUGUCGUCGGCCAACGCUCUCGACGGAGACGCCGGCGCCGUCAAUUACUCGCUGGCAAGGGCCGGGGUCGCAGGCAUGAGCAAGACAAUCGCCAAGGACUGGGGGCGUCGGUUCGGCGUGCGGUGCGACACCAUCACCCUCGGUGGCGCCGAGUCGCCGCUGACGACGGCAGAGGACGCAGGCGACGACGGCAUCUCCGCGGGCGCUCGGCGCGGGCGACUUUGGUCCGACGUGGCGCCGAGGCAUGGGGAUGCGACGUACGCCGACAUGCAUGUUGGAUGGCCCGGCUCGGCGAGGGCAGCGGCCAGUCGCAUCCUCGCCGUCGCCAGCGACGGGCUUUCUCGCCACGCGACGGGGUGCUGA